AUGUCUCUGCAGACAUGCAUGGGGACCGGGGUCCAGCUAGAGCCACAGAACCUCCACCUUAAGCUAAGAGUCGGCAUGCCCCAGUCAUUUGAGGUGAGGUUCAGGCGUGCAGAGGUUUAUCCCAUAGACCUGUACUACCUGAUGGACCUGUCUUUCUCCAUGAAAGAUGACCUGAAGAACAUUAGGAACCUGGGACGGGAGGUGGCCACUGCCAUGAAGAACAUCACCAGUGCUGUCAGGAUAGGCUUUGGUUCCUUUGUGGAUAAGGUGGUGGAACCCUACGUCAGUACAGUGGAGGCCAAACUGGCCAACCCAUGCAACGAGGGGUACAAGAGCCCCUGCCAGCCUGCCUUCAGCUUCAAACAUGUACUGAAGCUCACUGAGGACGUUGAAGAGUUUGAGAGAAAGGUGAGCAAGCAGAGCAUCUCCAGUAACCUAGACAACCCAGAAUCAGGCUUUGACGCCAUCAUGCAGGUGGCUGUCUGUCAGGUAAGAACGAAUGGCUGACUGGUGUUUCAAUAGAACUCAGAACUGUAUUUUGAAAAUAGAGUUAGAGAGAAAACCGUGUAAAAGAACAGCAAAUA